AUGGGACAAGUUGUGUGUCCCAAAGAAAUAUGGGGAUUGGGUUUUAAGGACCUAAGAGCAUUUAAUCUCGCAAUGUUAGGAAAGCAGGCAUGGCGGAUGCUAACGAAUACCAAUUCACUGGUCUCUCGCGUCUAUCAGGCCAGAUAUUAUCCUAAACAUACCUUUUAUGAAGCACAAUUGGGGAAUAAUCCCAGUUUCUGCUGGCGUAGCAUUAUGGCAGCUAAGGAACUAGUCUGUGGCGGAGUAAGACGGCAUAUUGGGACUGGAAAUUCUACCCUGAUUUGGGAGCACCCAUGGCUCCACGAUGAUUUGGACCCCUUUAUCCACACUGAGAUGCCACCCCAGUUAGCAGGAGCUAAAGUAAGCGGAUUGAUUGAUCCGGGGACUAGAACUUGGGACCACGACAUUCUUUCAGAUAUUUUCCAGCCAAGUGAUAUACCCCGUAUUCUUAAAAUACCAGUAUCUCCGGAAUAUGAUGAUGAUUGGUAUUGGCAUGGGGAUCUUAAGGGAACCUACUCAGUUAAGAAUGGCUACAAGCGUAUUGUAGGAAAUUAUACGAGUAGUAAUGAUGGAGCUUUUGAUAAAUGGCUUACUUUAUGGGGAUUGAAAAUACCCCCAAAAUAG